CUCCACUUUUCGCCAUUCCGCUAUUUCUCUCUCUAUACCUUCUGUUUUUUUUUUUUAAAAAAAAAACCCUCUUCAACUCGAUCUCCUUAGUCCGGGGCCCCAACCCAGAUGGACACGGACGUGACGAUGGUUCCGGCAGGCGAGGCAAGCUCCUCUUCCUCAAGGAAACCGAAGCGAUUCGAAAUUAAGAAGUGGAAUGCUGUUGCUCUUUGGGCUUGGGAUAUUGUGGUGGAUAAUUGCGCUAUUUGUAGAAACCAUAUCAUGGAUCUUUGCAUUGAGUGCCAAGCAAAUCAAGCUAGUGCUACAAGCGAGGAGUGCACUGUUGCCUGGGGUGUGUGCAACCAUGCCUUCCACUUCCACUGUAUCAGCCGAUGGCUCAAAACCCGCCAAGUGUGCCCUCUUGAUAAUAGUGAGUGGGAGUUUCAGAAGUAUGGCCACUAAAGUCGAUGGAGCAAGAAGAACGGCAGGAUGGACUUCCUGUAGACCAGCACCUGGAAAUAAAAGAACCUGUGGACGAAAAUGUGUUUCUACUGAUUUGACAUUAUAUAAGAUCAUUAAAAGCAGCAUAUUGGAUCAUUAUUGUAUUUGUAUGCUAAAGAUUUUUUUCAAGUCAUUGGCCCCUGUUUAUGGGGUGCGAUGUUGCACAGGGCGCUCUACUGUUUGUGUGAUCCAAUUUAUGUCAAAUGAUUAUGGUUUGUGAUUGUGCAAUCACAGAGUGGAGAUUUGAUUUCU